CUUGAACUGGCAGCUUCCUGUUACGCGACUGGAGGAACCACAAAAAACCUGAUUAGGAGAUUAAAGACAAGAUAGGAAACUGCACAUCUGAGGAGAGCUGAAAGACACGUAUAAGAUCAAGAGACCUGAAGACGACAGAGAGGCAGGCGACACACCAACUGGACAUGGGUCGUGUACUGGUGCUGUUCACGUUGCUCUGGAGCUCAGGAUUCCUCCCAGGUUUCCAGACAGAGGGAAAAGAUAUUGAUGAUAUCCGGUUGAUGGGAGGAUCCAGCCACUGUUCUGGUGUGCUAGAGGUGAAGAGCCAGGGAGAGUGGAGAGAAGUGCAUGACAGGAACUGGGACCUGGAGUUAGCAAACGUAGUUUGCAGACAUCUGGACUGUGGCUCUGUUGUUCGAGCUUCAUCAAAAAGACGUUCAAAACCUUCUAGCAGAAUCACACCUUCCUGUCUGGAGUCUGGACCUAGACUGAAGAAAUGUUUAACAAAGAGGUCUAUGACUUUUCCAACCAGUUUGGAGAUCAUCUGCUCAGACUCUGUCAGGCUGGUGAAUGGGACUAGUCUGUGUUCAGGCAGACUGGAGGUAAAGUCUAACCAGUCUACCCAGUCCUGGUCCUCAGUGUGUGAAGAAGACUUUGACCUGCAGGAUGCAGAGGUGGUCUGCAGGGAGCUUGGCUGUGGGGCUCCUUCAGUCCUCCAGGGGGCGCUCUAUGGAGACAUGGAGGCUCCAGUGUGGACCAAAGAGUUCCAGUGUAGAGGCCAUGAGUCUGCUCUGCUGGACUGUGACAGCUCAGAUAGAAACACCUGCUCUUCUGGUAAAGCUGCUGGACUCACCUGCUCAGAGUCCAAUAAUUUCCAGUUGGUGGGAGGAUCGAGUCGCUGUGCCGGUGAACUGGAGAUGAAGAAAGAUGGAGAGUGGAGUCAAGUGGAUGUUAAAGAUUCUGCCUGGAACCUAAAGGCAGCAGAUGUAGUGUGUAGACAUCUUGAUUGUGGCUCUGCUGUUUCAACAGGGAGGAAAGAGAUGGGGUGGUACAGAUUGAUAUGGAUCAUUAGCUCAACUUGUCUUCAAUACAAGUCUGCAAUUAGGGAAUGUAUUUUAAUAAAGUAUUCUACUUCCCUUUCCAACCUGGAGAUCAUCUGCUCAGGUAACACCACACCGACAACACUUCAGCUAUAACUGUAAUCUCAGUCUUUUUGCUUGCAUUUACAUUUGACAGAUGCUUUUGUUCAAAGCAUCCAAAUGAGGUACCAUCCACGCUAAAGUAGAUCCAGGAGAAGUC